AUGCAGCUGCUGCCAAACAAAUAUGCCCGCAGUUUUUCGACAAAUUUUUUUGAAAAGAUCAUUUUUUGCUCGUCAGAAAAAUCGGUGCAUGAUGUUAUCAUGGAAUCAAUAACGAAUUCAGGACAAAACCUUGGUGAAAUUUCUUGUAAGGGCAAGGGUAUAUUUUUGUAUGCGAAAAGUAAAAAGGAAAAGCAUAAUCGUGGAAUGAUUUUCCAGUAUCUGCUUUUUACAGGAGCAACAAUUGUCCUGCGAAAAUACCAAGAAGAGUUGGCGCGGCCGGCCUAUGCUGGCUAUAAUACGGUGAUUACCGCACCAACGGGAAGCGGCAAAACCGUUGUAGCCGCCUCAAUCGUGAAACAUCACCUCAUCUUGGGCAAAAAAAACAAUAUGAUGUGUGAAAAUUUUAGGACACUGAAUGCGGAAUUUACGAUUAAAAAAGACGCGCGUGCAAUUGUUUUCGUGCGAAUGAGGGAUUUUGCCGUACGACUGGCUGAACAGCUUAAUGAGAAUGAAGGCCUAAAAGCACUGGGAGUAAAAUCGGAGAUCGUAACUGGUGAUCUUGGUGGGCAAACAGCCAUGGCGCAGCGUGACACAUUAGCGCGAUUCGAAAAUGGCGAAACCAAAAUAUUGUGCGCCACAUCGGUGGCCGAAGAGGGCAUCGAUAUCCAGAAGUGCAGUCUUGUGAUCAAAUAUAAUUAUGUGACAAAUGAAAUCGCACACAUCCAACGAAGAGGUGAUUAUCAUUUAAAAAUUCACUUUUCCUCCUACUUUCUUUAUUUUAAAGCGAAGAAUGAGUGGCGAAAACAGAGCCAGGUAAAUAUUUCAGCUUUUGCAGUACGGUGUUUUUUUACUGGGGAAGUUUGUUCACGUAUUCUUCCUCACGUCUCCCCUCCCCUUCCCCCCACCCUCUUUUUGGCGCAAAAUGGACGUUAA